GGUCGACUGUCUUGAUUAAUGUCAGAAGCAUCGAGCUCUCGUCUCUUGUAUCGUGGCUCGCUCUCCCUGCCGGACUCUUAUAUCCUCUUAGAUGGACUCACAUUCUCGGCAAACCUUCUGGCUAACAAAGACCUCCUCCACAACCCACUCGCACUAGCACUCGAGAGCAUGCGCGGUCGUCCCUCUCUCAGACUAAAAGGUACAGAAUUGCUCAAGAAUAUAUGCAUAGACCCUUCAGAUGAUGUCUGUAUGGACAUCCAUCCAUCCGCCACCCUCUCUCGCGUCUACUUCGAAAACAUGCUCUGCUUAUCGCAUCUGUCUCCUGAUGGGCGGACAGAAAUAGGCGUGCGUGUAGCCUUGGGAGAUACUGAUGGUCCAGCAACGACAGAAAUACUGAUAUUCGGAAAGACCCAUUCAUCGCUGACUACUCCAUCCCUUACGAUCCACGCUGCACGAAUCAUUCCUGCUACUCGUGCUCCCCGCCCAGAUGAUCCUACACCCCGAAAACCGCCUCAGCAUCUUCUCACGCGCACACAAUCUAUCGGAGAACUGGCAGCAAACACGAGGAUCAAAAUCAAAGGAGAUGACUCAGAGGUAGUGAGACGGGCGAGAGAAGUCAUGCUGCAUUUACCGAAUUCGAAACCACGAGGGCGAGGAAAGGACAAGGAAAGAGGCACCGCUGGAUUUAAAGUACCCACGCUCCCAGCAAACAAAGCUAACCACGCACCAGAGGGAGACGUUUUCGGACCCGUCAGCGAUGCUAAAGGUAAAGCACGCGCGGUGGACGAAGGAAUUUGUGAUAUAGAGCAGGAGAACAAAUCUAUCAUCAAGAAAUUUGCCGUAAGACACCUUGAUGCAGUCGGCGUGUCCAAGACACAUCCAGAAUUUAAGGAACUCUUUGGAUUCGUGUAUCGUGGUACAGCUUUUGCUCUUAGAGCCACGAUAAAGAGAUCUCCUGUUAGUGCGCGGGCUCUAGAGAUGCUUGUGGAAGCACACAUUAAGCUUUAUGUUACACCACCCACUUGAGAGGAAGGGUCCUUUUCCAGCUGGAGUGGCAUUCCCUUCAGCAGAUCGUUCGCAUACAGUACGGAAUUAUAUACCCCGCUCAGAGAAGCUAUGAAGGACCAUAAUGCUACUAUAUAUAUAAAUAUUAAAAGUGCGUGAAAGAACAUCUGCUGAAUAAAAUCAAGCCAAUAGUCCCUAAUAUAUGAUUG